CGUGAAAACCCAGAGGAACGAGAGGAGCACAAUGUCCGAGCUGUUGGUCAGAUUCACAAGGAACAAGAAGCUGCCAGUGAUGCUGAAGAAAAAGUUCAGAAACUCUUCCAGAAGAAGACAGAACUUGAAGACAGUGUCAAGUCAUCUCGAGAAACUUGUGAUGAGCUCAACCAUGCCAAAGAAGAGCUUGAAAAAACUGUUGCAGCGCCAGGAUUGAGGAGCUUGAAGAGGAUUUGGAAAAUGAGAAACGAAUGCGUCAAAAAAGUGGAGAAACAAAAAGCUGAGCUGAUGAAGGAACUUGAGGAUCUUCAUGAAAAGCUAGAGGAACAAGGAGGCAUCAAAGAUGCACAGAUUGAAUUGAAUCGAAAACGAGAGUCUGAAUUGGAAAAAAGACGCAAAGAACAUCAAACUCAGAUUGAAGAAUAUGAAAAAUCAAUUACAGAUCUUCGAAAGAAACACGCAGACAAUAUGGGAGAAUUAGAGGAACAGUUACAGAAUCUCCAAAAAGCUAAAGCCAAGCUAAUGGAGCAGAGCAAGCUGUGGCUGCUUUGGAGGCAACUCCAGAGCAAAAUUCAAAGUGAAAAUUCUGAACUUAGUCAACAGUUGGCUGAAGCAGAGAGCAAAGUCUCAUCUCUUACAAAGACUAAACAGCAAUUGGAAUCUCAACUUGAAGACACUAAAUCUGAACUUAAUAGUGAAAAUAGUGAACGUAAUGCUACUGCUGCAUGGGAGAAAAAGAAGAAGGCCAUUGACCAACAAAUCAAUGACUGGAAGAGCAAGUUUGAAGCCAGUCAACAAGAACUGGAUGCUAGUCGAUCUGAAUCUCGUGGCUACAGCACUGAGUUGCUCAAAUUGAAGAAUGAACAUGAAGAUUUACGUGAUGAGCUGGAUACCAUGACUAAAGACAACAAACGACUUCAGAAUGACUUGAGUGAUCUUGAAAAGCAGUUGACUGAAGGUGGUGCAAGUGUUCAUGAUUUUGAGAGAAAGAAAGAGAAGAAGUUGCAACAAGAGUUGGAAGAACUCAAUCUGCUUAUGGAGAGUGCUAGUGAUGCUUCAAAGAGUUUGAAGAAACUGCAGCAACAAGUAAAGGAUUUGAAUGCUCGAUUAGAUGAAGAAAUUCGUCAACGAGAAGAACAACAUCAACUUGCUACCAAAGCUGAAAAACGUGCCAAUGAUUUGACAAUUGAACCAGAAAGAGCUGCCGAACUUCAAUCUGCCAAAGAUAGUCUGCAGGCUGGAAAAAGAAAAGCUGAGCAACAGCUAACAACUCUACAAGAAGAAUAUGAGGAAAUUGAAACUGAGAAUCGUGAAAAUGCUGAACGACUACGUAAAACAAUGGAACAGAUCCAGGAACUGGAAUCAGAACUUGAGACUGAGACUAAAGCUAGGAGUGAUGCCCAGAGAAAUCUGAAAAAGAGUGACCGUCGCUACAAAGAAGCACAAGCCCUUAUGAGGAGAGAAAAAAGCAAUGCUCAACGUCUUCAAGAUCAAGUCAAUUCCCUCAAUGGCAAGAUCCGUAAUGUUAAACGCGACAAGGAGGAAUGUGAAUCUGAGGUUGAGACUCUGCAACGCAAACUUCGCACGUUGAAGUCGUCUUUGGAUGAGGCUGAACAAGAAAACAGCAAUUUGAGCGCUCAACUGAGCAAACUGCGUUCUGGGGGUGGAGCUGGUUCAGGUCUCGAACUAAGUUCUGCUAUUAUUACUAGUGUGAUGAAAAGUUGUCUUUUAAAACUUGUAGUCAAUAACUCUUAUGUUAAGAAGGAAGAAAACAUUGGGACACAAUGA